CGGAGCGGACGGCGGUGUUUCUCCCGCCGCGGUCAUGGCCACGGUUCGGGAGAAGGCGGCGGCGUUGGACUUGUCGGCUCUGCACAGCCCCGCGCAGAGACCUCCGGGUUUCAGUGUGGCCCAAAAGCCAUUUGGAGCCACGUAUGUGUGGAGCAGCAUUAUAAAUACCCUGCAAACCCAAGUGGAAGUGAAGAAACGGCGGCACCACUUAAAACGGCACAAUGACUGCUUCGUGGGCUCAGAAGCUGUGGACGUCAUUUACUCUCACUUAACUCAAAAUAAGUUCUUUGGUGAUGUCGAUAUUCCUCGGGCCAAAGUGGUGAGAGUAUGCCAGGCUCUUAUGGACUACAAAGUAUUUGAAGCAGUUCCAACCAGGGUCUUCGGAAAGGACAGAAAGCCUGCAUUUGAGGACAGCAGUUGCAGCCUUUACAGGUUCACAACAAUCCCUAACCAGAGCAACGAGAACAGCACAUACUCACCUUCCAGGUACUCAGAUACAUUAUUUAAGUCACCUGAUAUCAAGUCGGACAGUUUGGAGGACCUGUGGGAAAAUCUGAGUUUAAAGCCUGCCAACUCCCCUCGUAUAAAUACCUCUACCAGGCUGUCUCCUCAAGUUAUUAACGAGGUAUGGAAAGAAGAGACAAUAGGACGUCUGCUACAACUUGUUGACCUUCCCUUUCUGGACUCCUUACUCAAGCAGCAAGAGGAUGUACCUAAAGUCCCUCAGCUCAAGAGACAACCUGACAUGGUCAACACCAGUAACUAUCUGGACCGAGGGAUUCUCAGGGCCUAUGGUGACUCUCAGGCAGAUGAAUGGAUCUCUGCGGCCAUUGACUGCUUGGAGUACCUUCCCGACCAGAUGGUUGUGGACAUAAGCAGAAAUUUUCCUGAGCAACCAGACAGAACAGACUUAGUGAAGGAACUUUUGUUCAACGCUCUCAGCAAAUAUUAUAGUACCAGGGACCCCCUGCUAAACCACCUGGGUGAUGUUCACAAUGGAAUAGCAGAACUCCUAGUAAAUGGGAAGACAGAAAUAGCAUUAGAAGCUACUCAGCUGUUUCUGAAGCUUCUGGAUUCCCAAAAUAGAGAAGAAUUUAGAAGACUGCUUUACUUCAUGGCUGUGGCGGCACAUCCUUCUGAAUUUAAAUUACAGGAAGAAAGUGACAACCGGAUGGUUGUGAAGAGGGUAUUCUCAAAAGCUAUUGUCAACAAUAAAAACUUAUCCAAAGGUAAAACCGAUCUUCUUGUACUCUUCUUAAUGGAUCACCAAGAAGAUGUUUUCAAGAUUCCUGGGACUCUACAUAAAAUUGUUAGUGUUAAACUUCUGGCCAUACAAAAAGGAAGCGAUCCUAAUAAAGACACAGGCUAUAUUUAUUGCCAGAGAAUUGAGGAAAGUGACUAUGCUAGCAGUAUGCAGAAGAAAACCAAAGACGAACUGUUGAACUUACUAAAGACUAUUAAUGAGGACUCACGACUCUCUGCCAAGGAGAGAAAGAAGCUGCUAGGCCAGCUCCGCAAGUGUCACCCAGAUAUCUUCACUGAGUAUUUUGGAGACUGAGUUCCUAAUGUCUGUAUAUAUGUUCACUGUUUAUUUUAAGAGCAAAAAGUUUGG